UGUGGUAGUCUUGUCUUGUGAAUUUCAUAUUCACUGCUGGUUUUGAGAAUCGCGCUGGUCGCUGAUUCUAAUCGUUUUCAAUACAUUCCAGAGAAAAUGAAGCUGUUAGGAAUUCUUGUGUUUUGUGUUGGUCUUGUUCAAGGUGACAUAUAUUUUCAUAAUCCCAGAGGGUCCAAUAAUAGACUAGAUGAAAGAGGACGUGCAAGGAACAAUGCAAAUAGGAUGUUUGACUCCCAGAAUAAUGACCGAGGAGGUUACAAUGUGGGUAGUGUGUAUUACUAUGCGGGCUCUGAGCUACAGAUGGAGUGGACCAACCAGCAUUCCUGUGGUAACCCUAACAACCACUGUGAACUGAUCAUUCAGUACAUGUGUGAUGAGAAAAUGAGGGAUGGUGCGACUACUUCAACAAUCCCAGACAACCCCAUGAAUUGUGCCAACUAUGACUGCAAUACUGACACGAAGUAUGGCAUGAACGAGGACUUUGAAUAUUACUUGAACUGCAGGACCCGGGAGAGGAACAAGGGACUAUUUCUUGCUGACCAGAAACCCAAGGGUCACACUGCAAUUUACACCCGCCAGAACCCCGGGGGCACCAGGAGGGGGUAUGAGUGCCCAGAGGAGAGAGAUUACUACCCCUACUGGCACCCCUCACCUUGGGUGGAUGUAGCAGUGAUGACCAACAAUGCCACCAGAUGUCCCUACUAUCAAGAAGAAAGUGCCAAUGUGAAGUCAAGAUGGGCCUGUGUGCUACCUAGGAGUGUCCUGGUGAUGAAUUAUCGCAGGGGAAUAGUUGUACCUAACAACAAGGAGGAUUGUGAGGCAUUUGUUUGGCCACCAAACAACCCCAACGGCACCAGAGGAGUAUGGACUGAAUUUCCUGCCCAUGGGGUGGCGCCACCAGAGUGCAGGGAGACAGAGUGGUCAAGGGACAACCAUCUUGGAAACGGUCUCGGUGGAUACCCAAAUCUGUACAAUUGGACAAUCCCUGAGAUCAACCAUGAUACUUGUGUAUUAAGGAUUAGGUACAAUAUCUCCACCAAUGACUACGAUGCCUGGAACACCAACUCAUCAGCCAAUGAAAAACGGAGGAAUCAGGGCUCUGGAAUUGAUCUCUCAGAGCAAGUUGGUUUUGCAUCAAUGGAGGAAGCCAAAGCCAAAGGAUUUGUACUGGAGAACAACCCGGUGGUGAAAAUAUUUGAUGAUGUUGAUGUUGACCUGAGGUUGGCCAUCAACACUGCACAGUACGGAAGGACUUUUCAGGAUAGGUCCCACACAUUUGCCAUAGAACCAAGGACUUCAGAUCUGGUGGGAGUGACAAUCCAUAACUUGAAUGUGAGAGGGAAACGUGGCAACAUAGUACAAGUGUACCCGGCUGUGGAAUAUGACUUUGUACCCAACACUCUUCAUGCAGCUAAUGGAGAUUAUGUCCAUUUUCAGUGGACAGGGUCCAACACCAACCCCAACAACAAUGACGGCCAGGGCCAGGCAGGGACUGACCGGUCCAAUGUGGUCCUACAGGACGCCCAGCUGUAUCCAGAGGGCAGCGGACUGACCAGUGGCCAGAAGUUUGGACACUGGGGAAGGAGCUACCCACAGCAUAUUAACAAUGUCACCUUCCUGGGACUGCCAAAACAGGACCUGCAGAGACUGGCUUUGCUGAUGCCAAAUCAGUUUAGAGGAGAAAUGUCUGAAUUAGAUGAUGCUGGAACCUACUUUGACCUUGGUCCACGUAAGAUCACAAGGACUGGCACAUAUCAUUACAUGUGCACACGUAACAACAACUUCUCCAAUAGGAGCCAGAAGGGAAAGAUCGUCUGCUCUGAAGGUGCAUCGAAGGUGAAGGCCAUUGGUUGGAAUGGAGGCAAUGUUACCCUAGGAGACGGGAAAGCAGCAGUGAUAGUGUCCCAGGGAACAUUCAGUAAAUUGGUGAAGCUGUCAGUUGAAGAAUGGAAAGCAGAGGAAGGAGAGCAGAAAGUUCAAGCAGCAAAUCAGAAAGUUACUGUUGGUGAGGGAUAUGCAAGCAGCUACAUUGUUGUUCACCCUGAAGAAAAAUUCUCAGAUGAAGGGAAAAAAGUCACCUUGCAGAUGAAAAUUGACCCAGGGUCUUCAGAGAUUGGCAUUUAUCGCACAAGCAGCUCAAAUUUUGCAACAUGGACGAAAGUGGAUGCAGAGGUGAAUGAUGGGAUUGCUCAGUUUCAGGUGGCGGAGGGUGGAGUCUACGUUGCACGGACUGUUCCGCAAGUUGGUCUCAUUGUGGGAAUUGUGGUCACCAUUUUGGUUAUUGUGGCCUUGGUUGUUGGAACAGUGGUGUAUUUUAAGAAGAACCCCAACAAAUGGAACAAUAUUCGUAGAUCAACUGCCAACAGAGUAUGAAGUAAAUCAUCAAGUUUUUUGCAUAUUUGGCUGAAUUUUUUGCUUUUGAUUCAGAGCUUAAAGUUGAAGAAGAAUCGGCUGUCUUCUGGAAGAAGAGUCAGAUAAUCAAAUAUGCCAUGUAUAUACAUAUACAUUUGUGGUCAAAAUUGAGUCUUACAAUGUCUGUCAGUAUUUUACUGAUCUUUACUGACAGACAUGAAGUCCAGAAAUAGAUUCAGGAGAAAUUAUACAUAUUGUCACAACUAAAUGUCUAAUUAUUUUCAUUGAAAAAUAAGUAACAGCUCUUGAGAAGAUUAAAUGUAAUUAGAGAAAGUAAUUGCCUUUACAAAUGCUUCUUUUUCAUGUCCAUUUGGAUAGCUUUCUUGUCUCUGUAGUUGAUAGAAAACAUUUUAGGAAAAAAUGUCUUACAAAAUAAAAAAAAAUUCAAAUAAGUAAAAGGAGGUUAAGCAGGUGAAAUUUGGAACAGUGGUCUUGUAGUACUAGACAAUCUUAUUCAGGGACUUACAUACUUAUUCAGCAUUCUCUAUGGUUGUCACCCCUUAAAAAUGAAAAAAAAAAGUCCAGGAAGGCCAUUUAGACUUACAGAUACUGUGAGGUUGUUAUAUUAUUUAUGUGCAAAUUGGGUCUGAUACUAUAACACUGAGGUAUUCACUGAAGUGUAUAUUUUUUGUGCCAGAAGGAUAUUACAUGUUUGUACAUCAAAGUUUCUGAUGCCUACUGCUGGUCAGUAAGGUUUGUGUAGAAAUAAAUUUUGCUAAU